AUGCAGUUUAACAUGAUGACGGGUGCGUGGAGCCUGGGAGCAAAGGCGGAGGAGGUAGCCACGACACCCGCGCAUGGUGUGCAGCCACGUGUGCCGGGCUUCACGAGAGCUGGGGCAGAUCCGGAUGGGUAUUACCCGUAUGACCCUUCUCUCGACACGGAGCUGCCGCCCUUUCUGCAACCAGACUUUCGAGGAGCCUACUUGGUAAACGAGAUACGGUACUAUAAUCCAGACAUUGUGUGUCUGCAGGAGGUGAACCGGGUGUUUUUUAAUGACGCCCUCUGGAAGUAUAUCCGCCACUGCGGUUAUGGCACACUGUACCAGUCGAGCCGGGGCUACAAGGUGGGAGCCCUGCGCCAAGGCGACGACCCACUGCUGCCGCGACGGAAGAUAUUGGAAACGUGGUGUUAUUUCACAAGGGAUGUUUUGUCCCUAUUCUCAUGCCUGGGAAGGAUUUGGUGCAGCACCUGCAAUUUGUUGCGAUGCGGGACAAGAUCACCAAUAUGA